AUGAGCAAGAAGUUCAAAUCUCAGGCCUCAAGCAGCCGAGCUGCUGCCGGCACUUUCGGCGGCUUUGGUGGAUUCUCCGGCGCAUUUUCUAGCCAAGGAAAAGAGCCAUCUUCACUUACAUAUGUGGCUGAACCGCCGGAUCUUUCCCGCAUAUCGGAGGCACAAUUAGCGAUUGCGUUCAAGAACUUUCUAAAGAAAGAUGAAGUCACCAGAACGAGAGCACUGGAUGAUCUGCGAGAUCAUGUAUCGAGUGUCGAGAGUCGCAGCGGAACUCUUGAUGACGGGUUCCUGGAAGCUUGGGUAGUUGAUCAUGGUUCGGAACAUCGGCAGAUUAAAAUCUACCCCCGCGCUUCCAUAGAUCUGUCCCGCAGGGUGAGACAAACCGCUCAUUCUACUCAAGGGUCGAUUGCCAGUCUGGUGGGAAAGCGAAUUGCUCGCUUCCUGCCCAAGGUGAUUGGCGCGUGGCUGGCGGGGAUCUAUGAUAAUGAUAGACCUGUCCAUCAGUCUGCUUUGAAGUCUUUCACCCGCGUCUUUUCGACUGACGAGAAGAGAAGCGGCGUGUGGAAGGUCUACCAGAGCGCUAUCCUAGAAUUUGUGGAUGAUGUCAUCCUGCAGCAGACUGCUCUGACAUUGAGCGAUGAGCGAACAGUCAAGCCUGACGAUGCAGAAGCGAAGUAUGCGCGUGUAGCUGGCACUGCGCUCUUGUUAUUCAACCGAGUUCUAGGACACUCGACCCGCGAAGAUCUGCAGAAGGAUCUGCCGACCAUCGAAACUCUCUUAUGCAGCAAAUCUCUAUGGGCGCUUUCUUAUCACGACGACCCUUUUGUGCGCAAAUCGCUCUACAUCCUUACUCGAUCAGCUGUGUCUAAAGAGCCUGAGGAGCUUGAUUGGAAGCUCAUCAGUGCUGCCUUGAUUGGCAAGGCUUUGCACAGUCCCCAACUUGGCUCCGCAUCGGAGCUUUCCGAAACGAUUUUGCGGGUAACGUCUGCAAGACCGCAACUAUGGACAGAGGACUAUUCUGGGAAGUCGCCUCCUUCCAAGAGACUUCUUCAGUACAUACAAAAAGGUUCACAAAGCGGCACAAGCUCCUUCUGGCCAAAUCUUUGCCAAUUACUCCAGACGAUUCCUUUCGAAACACUGGCCAAGAUUGACUCGCAAUCUACAUCUGAUUCUCUUGGUCUGUCUGGUGCGGUUGCACUAACAGAGUCGUUCCAGGAAGGACUCACUUCUAGGGAUGAGCCUCGACAGAAUCGUGCUGUUGGUUGGAAGGCCUACAUUGACACGUCGAUGUGGCUUGCGCACCGGCUUUCUGAGGAGGAUAGGGAAAAAUUCUUGCAGGACAGGCUUGCUCCGUUGAUAUUGCAAUAUGUCAAGCCUGAACAAGAUCGUCUUCAAUGGACUCUUCCCCCUUCGUCAGCGGAAUCUAUCUGCACGGAUUGUCUCGUCGCAGUUACAGCAAAAGGCUACAAAGCGGUGGUCGAGCAGCUGUGGACAAAGUUGGCCGAUGGCCUACUCGAGGCCGUAAAGCUGUCAUCACCAGAGCAGUCCAAGGACUUCAAGUCCUCACAGGACGCAGUAUGUGUGGAGGCUGAGCGUCUGUUCUCCUCGGAAGCCUUGUUGCUUUCGCGUUUGCAUGAUACUGCCCAUGAGACAAGCAUUUUGGGUGUAUUCAAGAAUACAGGCCUAAAAUUACUCGAUAAUUGCCUGGAGGUGUUGCGCUCCAGGAAUGGUAAGCCUUAUGGAGCGGCUGCGGUUGUCGAAGAAAUAGUACGCAAAGUCCCGCAAAUCGCGCAAGGCUCGCAGUCGUUGUUGAAUUUUGUUCAGCAGGAUGCGCCUGAGCUCUUGGCAUCGCCAUCCGCUGAUCGAUUGGUAUCCAUUAUCAUGUCUUGCCGAUCUUGGGAAGGGUUCGGACCUAGCUUCGAGAAGGUCGUCGAGCGUGUGGCACAGUCGGAUCCUGAGUCCUCAAAUGUACAUGCUGUUCAGAAGCUUCUUUCCACUCUUGAUUUCCAGGAGCUAGGCGACAAGAGUGGACUGGUUUCUUUGGUCAUGCGGGCCCUAGACCAAGCUUGCAAGGGCAGCGACCUUCACUGGUCCAUUGUUGUUGCCGUGCUACAGAACCAUACUUCUCUUGGGCAAUUGACGGACUCGAUUUUCCUGUCUAUUGUGGAUGCCCUCUCUGAAGAGAGCAAGGUAUUUGACACGCUACAUGGACUUUCUCGCAUCUCCAGUUCGGUCCCCACUGCUGUCAGAAACUUCCAGAGCGGAGGCCACGGCUCAAAGUUGUCUGGUAAGCUGUUGUUCCUUACCGAGUCGUCGGAUGAAGAAGUAGCUAGUCUCGCAGAGUCGCUGUCCAAGACUGUGAAAGAUUCCGUCGUCAGUGAGACAAGCGCCAAAUCGAGCUUUGAGAUCCUGCAGCACCAGUUCGACAAUGUGAAUCAAAUGUCACUUUCCAUCGAGUCCAUGUUGAGCAUCGCGGAAGAGCUGCUACAGAAUGUCCCUUCCGCGGACAUUGGAAGAGUAGCGAAGGACAUACUGCCGUCUCGUCAAUCUUGGGAGAAUUCCCUUGGGCCUUUUCUCGAGCUCCCUCCACGGCUAUCGGCUGCCGUCACCAGCCCGCUCGCCGGUACCGUGCAUCUCGUUGAUCGCAGUGUGUCAGACGCAUUCCGGGAACGCUACGCACGUACUCCGCGCGACUCCAACAAUUGCUCGUCGGCGUUCCGUCUGGCAUUCUACACCAUCAAGAUUCUUUCUUCAUUCGAUAUUAUUGCACAUUUGGAGAUUGAGGAGCUUGAGACACUGUUUUACAAUGUACCCCUAACAGUGCAGCUUAUUGAUGAUGACUUGAGCGUCCAAAAUUGCAAUGGAAUAACCGGCAUCACACACCCCGAGCAGCGUGAGGAGUACAUGGAAGUAGUCAGCGAUGGUCGGAAAGCCGUGAAUGGCUGGGCUCAGUCGCAAAAACUGAAUGCCGGUAAAGGACUGUCAGUUGGUUCUUUGCUUUCUACAUUCUGGACAAGCCAGGUCGAGAAGCUGGACUCCCUUUCUCCGUUAGACUACCAAAUUGGGUUGGCGUUUGUGAAAAUUAUGGAAGCUGUGGAUUCGUCAAACAAGAGUCGGUCAUCAGAAGAGGUCACACAACUUUGCAGGGAUAUGCGAAAGGCGAACGCCAUUCGGUCGGCCUCUUGGGUGACCGUGCUACGAAGUGCCAUACUCUCCAACCCUGCCGGCACACGACUGUGUAACGAGUUUGUGGCGGACUCCACGGGGUUGAAGCCCACCGAAGAGAGCAAAGAUGGUCUUCGCAAGCUGGUCCUUUUGAAUCUCCUGUUAUCUGGAGAAGAAGAGGUUGCGGCCUCCAUUCCCACACAGCGUUUGGUGUUCCUUAUCAAACAUCUCAUUCAAUGCCUACAGUCUGAGGGCACAUCUCUGAGCAUCAAGGCCGAGAUUUUCCAAGUCCUGGUAGUGAUGCUUCCUAACCUACAGGAAAUCUACGGCUCCCACUGGGAGGAAUGUAUGGAUAUCCUUAUUACCACAUGGCAAGAGACUGGUGGUAGCGACGAAGCCAUCCCUACUCUGCUAUCGUCAUUCAGACUCCUUUCUCGUCUUCAGUCAAUCGCAGGCGACGAGGAGAGUAACGAUGAUGUGAAGGAUGCGUGGUCUGAUCGGAAGAAUGCACUCUUCAAUAGCUUGGCAUCAACGCUCCAGAAAUUUGGUAAGUGUUGGAAACACGGUUAUCACGUAUAUGCUGACUGGACAGAUUCGUCCACCACCUUCCACCAACCUCGAGAUGUGGCUGUUGAUCUGUUGUGUCGCUUCCUCAACGUUAUCCCAGUUGAUCACAUGGAGGACGCGAGCAAGUUCUUCCCUCUUAUCACAGCGCAGAGCCCUGCGGUGCAACGCGCAGCUUACACAGUCCUCCAUCGGUACAUCCCCAGCGUGCAAGAACAAGUGUCAUUUGACGUGGCGCUGUCGAAGACGACGGUCGGACUGCCUGACGAGCUCAUGUCUUUGCUGCUCGAAGCACCGACUAUGGAAGGGGUUAACGCCGCCUAUGGCGACGACAGGAUGUGGGCCGAACUACGGUCGUAUCUGCUAAGCUGGAAGGUGGUUUUCGAUCACUUCGUUAACGCGUCUCUUACUGUCCAAGAGAACUACGUGGCUAGUAUCAAGGACAACGAAAGUCUCAGCCCACUUUUGGAGUUCAUGUUCGAUUUCCUCCAGCGAUCGGGCGGAAAGAUGGUGGAUGCAUCCAAGUUUGACAUCCGCUCCUUCGAGCUCGAUCAGUCCGAGAGCGCUGAGAAGGAGAUUCAAUGGCUUCUCGUGCACUUGUAUUUCUUGUGCUUGAGGCACCUGGCCAACAUGACUAAGAGUUGGUGGCUCGAUACGAAGAAGCGCAUCAAGGGGCCGGUGGAAUCCUGGACCGAGAAAUUCAUCUCGCCUUUGGUUAUCGAGGACUCGCUCCGGGGAGUCACUGAAUGGACAGCCACCCAGGAUCCGAACGAAGAGCGGGCGCUGAACGUGAAGAUCUCACCCAAGACUGCGGAGAUCAUUGCCAGCAUCCCGGUGGAUGAAGAGUCGCCACCAGUGGCAUUGUCUUUGUCCCUUCCUCCGGCUUAUCCACUGCAGCCAGCGUUGGUUGUGAGUCGAAGCCGUGUGCUCGUGGAUGAGAAGAAGUGGCGCAGCUGGUUGCUGACCAUCCAAGGGGUGAUCAUGUUUGCCAACGGCAACCUGGUGGACGGACUGCUGGCGUUCCGAAAGAACGUGCAGGGUGCGCUCAAAGGACAGAGCGAGUGUGCGAUCUGCUACUCGGUCAUUUCGACGGACAUGCAAACACCGAACAAGCGGUGCGCGACGUGCAAGAAUACCUUCCACUCUGUGUGUCUGUUCCGGUGGUUCAAGAGCAGCAACCAGAGCACGUGCCCGCUGUGUCGGAACAAUUUUGUUUAUGUAUAGGGGGUGGGUAGUAGAGAUGUACAUAGAGAG